GGGAUUCACAAACCUUUGAAAUAUUUGUAUAUGUAAAUAAUAAAGUGAGGGAAAAAACUUAAGAGAAGCAGGUUCGUGCGGGGAGAGUUGAGAAUAGAAAAAAAAAGUUAUGCGAUUGAAAAUUGUGUGGAUUUGACUAACUCCCCACCAUAUGUUCCAUUGCCAUCCCUAAUGUACGACGUCGUUUGCACCUGUUAUCCCCGACGAGAAAGGAAACAAAAUUACAACAGGAGAUAAGUUUCAAUAUUUGUAAACGUGGACAGGGGCCAUAGGGCUUCAACAGGCAGAGGGAAAUAGAAGAGAAGAAAGAGCAAGGAGAAUCUCGCUGCUACCGAAAAUCGAUCGAUUUCCCGUUUGCGAGUUCUCUGCUAUGAGAUUGCUGUAUGUAUAUACCGUACAGAUACUGAUGCAGCUUUAACAUGAUAACCCAUUUAUAUUGAUCGUGAGUCCUAUUGUCACUCUUCAUUCAUUCCCUGGAUUGGAUCUGGAAGUGUUUUUGAAAAUCUUGGAAUAUUACGCUCCUUAACGUCAAUUUUAGACCACCACAUUAUGUGGAAUUUUGCAUCCAAUUGUGUAGCUGGGAAUAUAGGGCUAAAGAAUGAGACUCUGAAGCGUACUCAGCAUUCAGCAGAUUGCUCAGACGAUGAAACCUCUUCAAGAAACAGCAGGGAGGAGGGACUUGAGUGUCCAAUAUGCUGGGAAUCUUUUAAUAUUGUUGAAAACGUUCCAUAUGUUCUAUGGUGUGGCCAUACACUUUGUAAAAACUGCAUACUAGGACUACAAUGGGCUGUAGUGAAAUUUCCUACUUUGCCGCUUCAGCUUCCACUGUUUAUAGCUUGUCCCUGGUGCAAUAUGUUAUCUCUUCGUUUGGUUUAUAGAGGGAACCUUAAGUUUCCUCGUAAGAACUUCUUUCUUCUCUGGAUGCUUGAGAGUAUGAAUGGUGACAGAACAAAGUCUCAUAAUUCAUCUUGUGGGGAUCAUCACCAGACAGCCUUGCCAUCAUCUACAAAAUUCUUAGGAAGUACAGCAAGCCAGUCUAACCGACAGAGGGGACAGUAUGUUCAUCGCCCAGAAUCAUCAGGCUCGAACCAUGAUCACAAUCUCAUUAGUGGUUCUCUUGCUAUUGAGAGACUUCAUUCUUCUCUGCGCAAGUCUCUUGUUUUCUUCGUUCAUUUGACAGCCAAGUUCCCUCUGGUGGUUGUAUUUCUCCUGAUCAUCAUGUAUGCCAUACCUGCCAGUGCAGCAAUCUUGGCCUUGUACAUGCUCAUCACCAUUGUGUUUGCUCUCCCAUCUUUUCUAAUUCUGUACUUUGCAUAUCCCAGUUUGGAUUGGCUAGUUCGAGAAAUCAUCACCUGAACUGCUGUUUUUGAUCUCUUGAUCAUGUGGUACCAAAAAUAUUGUGUUGCAAAGCAGCAAAUCAGUUGAGUGCAUCUUUAAGUGAAUGCAUAAUUUGACGACAUUUCUGGCAUCAGUGCUCGUUGUAAAUUCUUUCAUGCAUCGAGCGUGUUGUUGGAGAAAAAGGUCAAUAUAUUGCUUAUGUAGCUUACCUUUAGACCUUUUUGAAGAAGUUCCGUUACCAAUAUGUUUACUUCCAUUGUAGGUAAUGUAUAUUUCAAGUCAUUUUAGCCACGAAUUAUCUCAUAUCAUGGUGUUGAGUAUGCCAUUUGGCAAUUGUCAGGUUGUAAUUCGCUUUCUACUAUAGCAACCAUUCUCCAACAUCAGCAUCAAAUUGGUUCUAGUCAUUGUUAAUACAAGUAGUUUUGAUAAGGA